AUGGCACACGGUGGUGCUGAUUUUAUGGCAUGCAAACAAGAAGAAGAGAACAAGGCUGCUUGGCUUCAUGGGAUCAAAACCCUUAAGAUUCAGCCUUACCAUCUCCCUCCUCUUGGUCCUCUUGAUGUUAAAGUAAAGAUAAAGGCUCUUGGUAUAUGUGGAAGUGAUGUUCAUUACUUCAAGACCAUGAGAUGUGCAAGCUUUGUUGUCAAGAAGCCAAUGGUGAUAGGACAUGAAUCUGCUGGGAUUAUUGAAGAAGUUGGGAGUGAAGUGAAGUCUCUAGCUGUUGGCGAUCGAGUAGCUUUGGAGCCUGGAAUCAGUUGCCGAAGAUGCAAUCUUUGCAAAGAAGGUCGCUACAAUUUAUGUCCUGAAAUGAAGUUCUUUGGUUCUCCACCAACCAAUGGCUCUCUUGCCAACAAGGUAGUGCAUCCGGCAAAUCUUUGCUUCAAACUACCCGACAAUGUGAGCUUGUCGGAAGGAGCUAUGUGUGAGCCCCUCAGUGUUGGUGUCCAUGCAUGUCGCCGUGCACAAAUCGGUCCCGAGACAAAUGUAUUGAUCAUGGGAGCAGGACCAAUAGGCCUCGUCACUUUGCUUGUUGCUCGUGCAUUUGGUGCCCCUAGAGUGGUGAUUGUUGACGUUGAUGAUCGCCGAUUAUCCGUCGCAAGGAAUCUUGGUGCAGAUGAGAUUAUUCAUGUCUCGACGAAUAUUCAGGAUGUAGGUGAAGAAGUAAUAAAGAUACAAAAUGCUAUGGGUUCAGGAAUUGAUGUGAGCUUUGAUUGUGUUGGAUACAACAAAACCAUGAGUACAGCUCUGAAUGCCACAAGUUCAGGUGGCAAAGUUUGCCUUAUUGGAUUGGCCCUGACCGAGAUGACUGUGCCUCUUACCCCGGCUGCUGCAAGGGAGGUGGAUGUUAUUGGCAUAUUCCGCUAUCGGAACACAUGGCCGCUCUGCAUUGAGUUAUUGAGAACUGGCAAGAUUGAUGUUAAGCCCCUCAUAACUCACAGGUUUCGCUUCUCACAAGAGGAGGUAGAACAAGCCUUUGAAACUAGUGCCCAAGGUGGCGAUGCCAUUAAGGUCAUGUUUAACAUGUAG